AAACUUCAUGACGGUCUCCUAUGUGGUCCAGAGCAAUCUAACGAGUGCGGCAAACAAAGCGAUUGAUAAUUUAUAUCAUGCACUUCUGAGAUCAAAUUAUAGAUUGAAUAAUGCCGAGCGGAGUGGGAACGAGCCAACUGGUGAGAGAUUUAUACAAGAACGAGCCUACUCAAAUCUUCGAGCAAGCGAGAAUGUUGAUCCCCGAGAUCUCAUACGCCCAUUUCUCACCACUUGAUGCCUUCCUCGAGUCCCGGUCAGCACAGCAAUGCAAUGUAGUUAUGUACCUGUCGAACGUUUAGACAGCCGGCACAGCGCACGUAGGAGACGGUUAUUGUGCAAAUGCAUCGUUUGCAAUAAACCCGAUCACACCUAUCCCGCGGCGCAAUUUAUACGAAGAAAAAAGACACAGUCGUAUGACCUCUGAAAACAAAUAUACACGCACUUGGAGGAAUCCAGGGUACAGUAAACUAUGUCUAAGAGUCUAUGCAUUACUUGAUCAAGAGAAUGU